GGCCGAGAGAGGAGGAAAAGAGGAGGAGAGGAGGAGGAAAAGCGAAGCUGCAGGGGAGGCGAGCAAGAGCAAAGCGGGGCUCGGCGCCAAGCGCCUGUCUGUGAGGGGAAAGAGAGGCGGCCGCAGCAGCAGCAGCAAAAGGAGGAGGGAAGGGGAAACACGCAAAGCUCUGCGCGCAAGUGAAGAGCAGCAGUCGUCGGGAGGGGGGCGACAGUGGUAUCCCAGUGGCGGCGGCGGCUGGGGAAGCCGGUAUCGCCGCCACUGAAGAUGCGGCUGAAGCUGGGCUUCCUCUUGCGCGCCGUCCUCCUGGUCGGUUCCUUCCUGGGGCUGCUCCUGCUCUGGUCUUCGCUUUCCCCCCGGGCCGAAGAGCCCAGCCCGGGGGAAAGGAUUCGGGACUACAAAGAAGCCAUCAAUCUAAUGCCAAACAAUAAAGAUAAUGGUCUAAUCCCUGGAAACGACAAAUUUAAGCCAGUGUUACCCUGGCCUCAUGUUGAAGGUGUGGAAGUAGACUUGGAAUCAAUUCGACGAAGGAAUAAGGCCAAAAAUGAGAGAUUUCCUCAUGCUGGUGAAAAGAAUGAUCAGCAAAAUAUUAUGCAGAGACAGUAUCUUACGUUUAAGCCACAGACAAAUAUCUACCAUGACCCUGUAUUGCGACCUGGAAUUCUUGGUAAUUUUGAACUCAAAGAACCUGAAUCCCAUGGAGUUGUAGGUGGUCCUGGUGAGGAAGCCAAGCCAUAUGUUUUAGGAUCAGAAUAUAAAGAAUCUAUUCAAGCCAGCAUUAAAGAAUUUGGAUUCAACAUGGUAGCAAGUGAUAUGAUCUCAUUAGAUCGGAGCAUUAAUGAUUUACGCCUAGAAGAGUGCAAAUACUGGCACUACGAUGAAAACCUUCUCACCUCCAGCGUUAUAAUUGUCUUCCAUAAUGAAGGGUGGUCUACACUCAUGCGGACAGUUCAUAGUGUAAUUAAAAGAACUCCAAGAAAAUAUCUGGCUGAAAUUGUUUUAAUUGAUGAUUUUAGCAAUAAAGAACACUUAAAAGAAAGACUAGAGGAUUAUAUUAAGCAGUGGAAUGGCCUUGUAAAGAUUUUUCGAAAUGAAAGGAGAGAAGGUUUAAUUCAAGCUAGAAGCAUUGGAGCCCAGAAGGCUAAACUUGGAAAGGUUUUAAUUUACCUUGAUGCCCACUGUGAGGUGGCAGUAAACUGGUAUGUGCCACUAAUAGCUCCUAUAUCUAAAGACAGAACUACAUGCACUGUGCCUCUAAUAGAUUACAUAGAUGGGAAUGACUAUUCCGUUGAACCACAGCAAGGCGGGGAUGAAGAUGGCUUUGCCAGAGGGGCCUGGGACUGGAGCUUGCUAUGGAAACGUAUUCCAUUAAGCCACAAGGAAAAGGCAAAAAGAAAAUAUAAAACCGAGCCAUAUCGAUCGCCUGCCAUGGCUGGUGGAUUAUUUGCCAUUGAACGUGAUUUCUUUUUUGAGUUAGGCCUCUAUGAUCCGGGUCUACAAAUCUGGGGUGGGGAAAACUUUGAAAUAUCCUACAAGAUUUGGCAGUGUGGAGGAAAGCUACUAUUUGUGCCUUGUUCUCGUGUUGGGCACAUAUAUCGUCUCCAGGGAUGGCAAGGGAAUCCACCUCCAGCUUAUGUUGGGUCAUCUCCUACUUUAAAGAACUAUGUCCGUGUUGUCGAGGUCUGGUGGGAUGAAUUCAAAGAUUAUUUCUAUGCUAGUCGUCCUGAAACAAAAGCACUAGCUUAUGGUGAUAUAUCAGACCUGAAAAAAUUUCGUGAAGAUCACAGAUGCAAAAGCUUUAAAUGGUUUAUGGAAGAAAUAGCCUAUGACAUAACUUCUCAUUAUCCUCUGCCACCUAGAAAUGUGGAGUGGGGAGAGAUUAGAGGUUUUGAAACAGCAUACUGCAUAGAUAGUAUGGGUCAUACCAAUGGAGGCUUUGUGGAACUUGGUCCAUGCCAUAGAAUGGGAGGAAAUCAACUCUUCAGAAUUAAUGAAGCUAACCAACUCAUGCAGUAUGACCAGUGCUUGAUUAAAGGACCUGAUGGAUCUAAAGUUAUGAUUACACAUUGCAAUUUAAAUGAAUCUUCGUAGAUUUACUCACAUCUCAUCAGGGAAAUGCUUGGACCGUUCAGAAGUUUUACAUCAAGUAUUUAUUUCAGAUUGUGACUCAAAUAAAGAAACACAAAAAUGGGAAAUGAACAAUAUCCUAAGUGUGUAAACAAAAUAGCUGCAUCUACCUACUGACAAAUGUAAUUUGUAUAGAACUGAAAAUAACCUGAAAACUGCUGCAACUGUUAACUUGUAUAGCUGGGAGCCUGGAAUGUCCUGAUCUGGAUGAAGGACUUAGAUGAACUGUGAUAGAUUUAUCAUCUGCAGUUAAUGUUUACAAAAACUGCUCUUACCUUAAACGUCAAUAGAUGUUUACAUCUCUUUGCUUUCUUUUAGGAUGUUGUUUUUAGAUGCUCUGGCUUAUCAUUUAAAGUGCUUUGACUUGUUUUACUGGAACAAAGUUAGAAGCACAAGCUUGGAUCCAAAGUAGUAGGAGGUUGUUUCUACAUGGGUAAGAGGUCAUUUCCUUUUCCUCUUAUGGUGACAACCUUAUCCUAGAGCCCUCCUUAAGGACCUUCUAUAAACGUUCUGAAUGGUGUAAAGGGCUGAAAAUCGGCAACUUCCCAGGUGUGAUUAAGUGCCUUUCACUUGGGCACAAACAAAAGAAUUGGAUCCAAGUAUUUGUUGUCUUCUUUGGGAUUACACUCAGGGGUUUGCAGGCAGUUUGUUUUUUUAAUUCCAACAUUCACACUUGAAAAAAAACUUGGCAUAUAAUAUGGGAUUAUUGACUUGUUAUAUAUUGUUUGUUUUUACAUUUUACUAAGCACUGCCACAGGUUUAUAGCCAAGGUGGCCUUCUUUCACAGUCAUGCUGCUUUUUUGAAAAAAGAAUCUUCAGUAUAUUUAGUGUUUCCUUAAUUUUUCCUCCUUAACUGACCAGAGAAAUUCAUUACAGGAUAAAUAUAUUGAAGUCUCUCUUCGUAUUAGGAACAGGAAAAAUUUGCAAUGCCCACAUUACGUUUAAAUAAUGUUCUAAUUUUACUAGUAUACUCUUUAUUCCUAAUUAGUACAUUAAAUAAUUUGUGCAUAAAGCAUACUAAUAAUGUGAUAUGGGUGUCCAAAAUAGCAAUGUUAAAACAUCUUGAACAUUUUGAAUGAUUAAAUUGGUGUAAAGGGUAGCACUUAAAUCUAUGAACCAUUGAAACAGAUUAAGUCUUCUCUAAUUUGAUGCCUCAAAUGGAAUUUGUUGUAGAUACAAGCACUCCUUGCUAUAUUAUCCCUUAACGUAACAAAAUAUGUCAGAAAUGAAAAAAAAUCUACAUCUGCCUAAUAUUGAGUAGCAAAAUUUAUCCAGUUCAUAAACUUGAAUUCAAUUUCUUAACAAUUUCUGAAUUAUUUUACAGGCAGUAUUUGGUAAGAAAUCUAUCCAUGUAUAGUAGAAUUGGAGAGUGGGUUUUUGUUUCUGGUACACAACUUGAGAACUACAUUCUUCCAAAUAAAUAGUUUAAUUAAGAGAUGUUUUGAACGAUUAGAUUUGCCCAUAGCAUGAAGACAAAAUCAAACAUAGAAAAUUAAAUAUAUACAGCACAUUAGUAUUGCGCUAUGACUCUGUUUCAGUUUCAGAAAUGUACUUGGGAGAAUUCAGUGAUGUAAACAUAAUAUCUGUCUUCAUUUUUUUAAUGUAUUUCUUUUCCUGAGAACACGAGAGCUGUAGAGGGAAGCUGUGCAAUCUAAAACUGCUUUAGAGUUGCAUGUAGGUUCUCUAAUCACACUCCUGGUACUUCCUGAAUCACCUUUUCCAAACUAUUUUGGAAGCAUUGCUUAGUCCUAACUAAUUUAAAAAAAAAUACUUAAAAAAACUUUGGUUAAUAAAAUACAUUUUUGGUGAGAAUUAAAAAAAUGUCCAAAUUAAAUAUUCAGUCUUAAAGAGUGAUUUCAAUAAUUACCCUGUGGGUCAGGUGUGAAGUGCUGCACACCUAUAUUCUACUGAAAUACUUAAUGCAUAGAAUCAAUUAAUUCAGAUUCAUUUUAAAAUUAGAUCAUUUUAAAAUUAUUUUAUUUUGAAUUACACAUGAGUGGCAUGGUAGCUUAAUGGUGAAGACGCUUGUCUCCCACUCGUAAGAUUGAGAGUUCAAUCCUAGGUGGCGGCAGAUAUUUCCUAGAGUGCAAAAAAAAUCUUCUGAUGUUCAGCUCCCUCCAGUUGCCCCAAACUUAACCCAAAUUAAAGGAUUAUGGAGUCGUAAAUAGGGAGUUUAUUGAAUUACAAAAAUAAUUUCAGUAGUGCAAAUCUUUGGCACUGAUUUUAUCUAUUCCUCAAAGAGAGUGAUGGAGAUUCUUUAUUUAAAAGGAUAAAUGCUGACCCUAAGACCAGAUACAUGUAAUUUAGUUUUAGAGUGAUUUUAUUUUUCAACUAUCUGUCUUUUGGGUAUUAAAAAGUGUUAAUAAUUUAGAAAUAAAAGUGGAAGAAGAUGGGAAAAGGGUGAUAAAAUUUCUGGGCACAUUUAAUAUUUCCUUGAAUGAAAUUAUUUCAUUUUUGAAUAUAUAUUAAUCAUAUUACUAUGCAUAAGUGAAAGAGAUUGCACAUUGUGCAAGUGUGUAUGUGCUAAAUGGGUAUUGUGUGCAAUCCAUUUAAAAUGAUACUGUAUGUGAGAAUGGAUCUGUAUUUUUAAACGUAAAUCUUAUAACAUAAGCCGUUACUCCUAAUGACUUUUCAUACAGUAACCUGCUUUUUAAGAAGUAGAUCCCAUAUCCUUGCUCUGUAAGUUGAUCACUAUGCAUUUUUACUCAUUUUAUAAAUUUGAUUUAUGCAGAUUUUGAUACACUGUAUGUUUCUGUAAAGAUUGUAUAAAUCUAAAAAAGUUUUACAAGAAAUAAUCUGGGAAUUUUUCUGUAUAUCUUCUGGGCUGCUUGUUUUUUAGGUGAAGAAAUAAAUUUUAACUUGUGGGUUUAUAA